AAGGUUACCAUGAAUGCCAUAAAUACUAGUAUUUCCCUCAAUAUGUCAUUUGUGCGUCCUGAAUAUUUUUUCAUCACUGGACUCACAGGUAUCCAAUACAGCCGCUAUUUCUAUAUGUUUUUAUUUUGCACUUACGUCAUUGCUGUGAUUGGGAAUUCUGCAGUGCUUCUCCUCAUAGCUGUUGAACGGAGUCUGCACAGCCCAAAGUACAUUGGUGUGAUUAAUUUGGCUUUGGCUGACUUUGGUGAAACUAAUGCAUUGAUUCCUAACAUGAUGAAGACUUUUCUUUUUGACUCAAAUUACAUCUCUUAUAAUGCUUGUUUGGCAAACAUGUUUUUUGUUUUCUUCUUUACUACGAUGCAGUGUAGCACUCUUGUUGUUCUGGCAUACGAUCGCUUCGUUGCAAUUUGUUUACCACUCAGAUAUCAUGCCAUUGUGACUAACACAGUCAUGUCUGUAGUUUUCUCAGCGACAUGGGCAUUUAAUGCAUUUAUGGUUGCCCUGACUGUGUCUCUUAUCAACCGCCUUUCAUUUUGUAAAACUAAUGUAGUACUGGGUUUUUUUUGUGAUCAUGGGCCCGUGUAUAAGUUGUCAUGUAAUGACAGAACCAUUAAUAAUGUAAUGGCAGCACUUAACAUGGGUUUAUACCUUGUAGCACCAAUUAUUCUUAUAGUUCUGUCAUAUCUAGGCAUUUUUAUAGCAUUAAGUAAAGUCACAACUUGGGAAGGACGUUUAAAAGCUCUGAAGACCUGUGUUACACACCUGCUGUUGGUGGCAUCGCUAUUUCUUCCCCUUUUUUGCAUUUAUAUGGUUGCUUCAACAACCACUCUUCCUGCCAAUAUAAGAAUCCUCAGUACAUCUCUGGCAUAUGCUGUUCCACCGAUGAUAAAUCCCAUUAUUUAUGUUUUAAACACAGCUGAAAUAAGAGAUUUAAUUCGAAAAGUGUUUAAAAAUAGGUCUGGACCAACUUGA